CUUUCACAACACCCUACAUGUCCUUUCCUCCUUUCCCGACAUGCUCUUUGCGUUCAUAUAUAUCGACGCCGCCAUGAUCCACCGAUAGUACGCUCCGAACUUCUGAUACAUACUUGCCCUCGCCAUGCCAGGCCUUCGUCGUCGUCGUCCGCCCCGGCCAGGAGCACUAGCCGACUUAGCUCCGCUGCGCAUCUUGACCCAGAUUCUAAUCCUUCAACUCAUUUAUUACGGCAUCGCCGUUGUGCUCAUCGUCUUCACGACCCUGGUAGAAGGCGAGCAUGUCAAUCCGGGCAUGAUCUUUGACUGGCGCAACCUGCGAGGAGAUGUCACGACUGGAUGGACGCUAGGACUGUGCUGGAUGCUGGACAGCUUAGGAAUGGUCGUUCCCAUUCUCCUCCUCAUCGCGCGAUCGAAGCUGGUUGCGGAUUUCGCGCUCACGGUCCACUUUGUUAACCUGGUCAUCACUUCACUGUAUACGCGGACGAUACCUUCAACAAUUGCUUGGUGGGCUUUGCAGAUUUGCUCCGCAACUCUCAUGAUCUCUCUCGGAAUAUGGGCCUGUCAAUGGAGAGAGUUGAAACCGAUGGCAUUCGGUGGCAGAUCGAAGGAGACUACAGCGGCUGAUUCGAAUGGUCAACACUCAGAAUUGGAGGCAGGAGAGGGCUUUGAGAUGGGCGAAAGAAGAGGCGCAGGUCGAGAUGGAGCGGGCACAUACGAAAUGGUCGGUAUACCAUCGAAGAAGCCAGAAGGUUGAAGAUAGGGAAUGGCUACUUGUUGCCGAAAGGCAGGCAGAUUCGCAGGCCCAAGAAUCUGCGCAGCACAGUGCACUUGGGUAAAGCCUCGCGACAUGACGACUCCUGAGAGCCACCCCGAACUUACAAAGUACCCUGCUCGAGGUACGAACGGACUCAGGACCACGCAGGAUCAACUCUUCCGCUUUGGUUCCCAGGCUUGCACGCGUCUACACUGCCAUCCUCAUGCGCUGGAAGGCCUACGCAUGGCAUUCGUAGCUCUCAAGCUCUCCUCCAGCAAGCCAAAAUCUCUCAUCAUCCUCCUUCACAAACCGGACAAGUCCAUCUCGCCGCGUGAAGGACACAUUCCUCGCCUCGGACACGCUAACGCCGAAGUCGGGGAUGGUAGCUCGUGCUGUUGUCCAAAGUGUGCAGCGCACCAAGUCGAGUCGUUCACUCUCAGCAAGCGAAGGAUUAGUAGUGAUCAGCGUAGUGAUUUGCGCUGUGACAGGAUGAAGCGGAAGAAUUGGACAAUCGCCUGUCAAAACAGCUGUCAGCAAUGUUCGCGGACAACAGGAUCGAGGAUGGACCAACGAGUAAACACUCUCUUCCCCAACGGCAACCACAGGUGCACCGCUUCGUCUUCUCCCGAUGCCGUUGUGAAAAUUACGCCGACGGA